CGACAAACACGUCAAACAGACUUGCGACUUUUACGGAAAAAUAUUAAGGAAAAUAAAACAUGUUCCCCGCGAAUUUCCAUUCGAACGGUUCGUCGGAAAACAUUUCCAGAUACGUGACAGGUUCUUCCGAAUUGCUGGUACCGGGCAGAGUGACAGCUGCUGCCGGUAUACCGCAAGGUACCGCGACAGUGCCCAUAGAACCUUACAAACUGCUCGGACACACGGACGUUCAACAGAUUUCGGUCGCAUGUACCAAAGGCGGCACCAUAGAUCUUGACGAAAAGUACAAGGACGUUUGGAGCCCAAUCACUCACUGGAUUCGAGCGAUACGUCUUUCGGACGACUGUCAUUCGUAUAACGUGCAGCUGAAGCUGCAUGCCGUCUCCAAUCAGGCUGCUGACAGGCUUCCGAAGCUGAUGCUUCAAGCCGUCAGGCCUGUAGAAGCGGGCCAGGAAUUAUUGUUGUGGUUUUCCGAGGAUGUUUUGGCGACUUUGCAAAUUGCCUUUUUGACGCCUGCCAAUAUACAGGGCCAGAAAAAAUACGUGUGCAACAGAUGUUCCGCUCUGUACGAGUCUCCCAAUCCUUUGAAACUUCACAUAACUUUAGGUUGCGGCAAGCUGCCCAUCUCCUCUCUCUGGCAAAAACUCUCCAACUUCAUGAACCAAACUCUCCACGUAUCUCCGCCUACCAUCGACUUCCAAUUGACCCUUCCGAAAUUCUCCGACAAACAAAAAAAACCGAUAGACCUGACGACCAACACCGCUGGAGUAUCAGGGAGCCCACUAUACAGACCCUACGAAAAAGACUACUCUGUAUCGGCGUUCAAACCGUUCCGGAAAGAGGAAAACGUCACCAUCGGCCAGCAAGCCGUCCAGAUCUCGCCCGCCUCGAUGUGCUUCGAUCCGCGCCUGCGCCUCCAAGUGCCACCUGUUGCCUACAACGACGAGGCGCAUAUCGAGACCUUGGUGAGCAGUUUGGGCAGGUCGAGACAGGGGCACGUUUGCCUGUAUUGCGGCAAAUGCUAUUCGAGGAAAUACGGUUUGAAGAUUCACAUUAGGACGCACACUGGAUACAAGCCGCUGCACUGCAAAUACUGCAGCAGGCCGUUCGGAGAUCCCAGCAACCUCAACAAGCACGUGAGGCUACACGCUGAAGGCAACACCCCUUACAAGUGUGAUCUAUGCGGGAAAAUUUUAGUGAGAAGAAGAGACUUGGAGAGGCAUUUGAAAUCGAGACAUUUGAUCGAAACGCAUCCCGGAAUGAAUCUGCUUCCAGAUUCGCCGGAAAGCAAAAAAGAGAUCAGCGAUGAGGAGGCAAAAAUUAGCGUCACGUGAUAUUAUCUUCAGAUUAAUUCAAUAAAUUGUAAAUAUGAAAUAUACUUAUAUCGUUCCCAGAAAAAUAUUGCCUCAGGUGUUAUUUCUGUUAGCUUGGUAUAUAUGGC